UUGACAUGUUUAUUUCUCCAACUGCUCGAGCGUAGUUUCCCUCUGACGCCUCAUCUGUUGGCAAGUGGUCAGAUAUAUGCUGUAUGUGCUUGUGAAUUUCAGAGCUCAGAUUACUCUGCAGUGGAGGAGCAGCAAGCAGGGCAUCAAUAUGAAGGAGAGGUGUGGACUUUUUCUUGCGUGGAAAGAGCUGCUGGUGGGGAUGUGUGCGCUUCUGCUCCUGAGCUCAGGAGGCCUAGUGUUCCUGCUGGUUCGACAGAAAGAGCUGACGGAGGAGCUGGUCAGGUUGGACGCUCAGAUGCAGGUGCUGUCGCAGAGCUGCAGGCUGCAGGCAGAAGUCCUGCCCAUGGACCCUGCAGAGGCUGAGCUGAAGAAGCUCCAACGCAGCAGAAGAGACCAGCAGGGAGACACAAAAAGCCAAGAGGAGAAGGAUAUGCUGAUGCUGAUGAUGUACUCCAUGGUUCCUGUCAAAGCCCUCAUGGAUCUGUGUAAUGGCUCCAGAGGGGUUUGUUUAACAGGCCCACCAGGCCCACCAGGCCCCCCAGGUUUGCCUGGUAGAGCUGCUUCACCGGGACAGCAGGGUGUGCCCGGGCCAGAGGGGAAACGAGGAAAAAGAGGACGCCCUGGAGAAAAAGGAGAACCAGGAUCAAAAGGAGACCCGGGGCCUCUCCGACUGGACGGAGAGACCGACAAUGACAUUCUCAUUAAGGGUCCUCCUGGUCCAAGGGGUCCAGCAGGCCCACCUGGUCCACCCUGUCCUGCUUGGUAUUCUAAUGAAGUGAGAAACCAGACCAUCGGUGAACACAUCCAUCAAACCAACAUGUUGAUGGAUUCAUCUGCUUCUCUGACCGACGUAGAAAACAGCAGCUCGACGAUUAACAAGACCGAAUCACCAACACCACAUCCAGCCGAGGAGAGCGGAGAUGUAUUGAAUGUUACUGCCUCUAGAAAACCUCUUGACACAAAAUCAGUUCAUCCCGAGUACAGCUACGACACCUUGAAUGAGACCAACACAGAGAAUGUCACAGAGUCCGAAUCAUUUCAUAAAGACUACAGCCAAGACGCCCUGAAUAACAGAGAAGCGCCACUCUCCGACCAAAACAGUGAUGCCUUCAAUGACACUGGAACUAUUAUUGAUACACCCGUGAAAAGUGAAUCACCAACUCCACAUCCGACUGACAACACCAGAGAUGUUACUGACUCUGAGAAGCUUCGAGACACAAACAUGGAAGCAGAGUCAGUACCAUCUCAAGACCAGAGCCAUGGCACCUUGACCGACACAGAGAGAGAACAUGCUACAGAGGCAACAAUAACAAUAUUAACAGCGCCACUCUCUGAUCAAAACAGUGAUGCCUUCAAUGACACUGGAACUAUUAUUGAUACACCCGUGAAAAGUGAUAAGAAACAGAAUAAACAUUCAACAACACUCCUGGACUGGCUGCUGUAUAUUCAAACAGCUAUAGGAGCACAAUUACAGUUUGACUCUUCACAUUCCCCCCAGAACAACAAGAGGAUCAAUGUGACCGGUGACGAGGAAUGGAUAACAACUGAAUCACCAACUCCACAUCCGACUGACAACACCAGAGAUGUUAGUGACUCUGAGAAGCUUCGAGACACAAACAUGGAAGCAGAGUCAGUACCAUCUCAAGACCAGAACCAUGGCACCUUGAACGACACAGAGAGAGAACAUGCUACAGAGGCAACAAUAACAAUAUCAACAGCGCCACUCUCCAACCAAAACAGUGAUGCCUUCAAUGACACUGGAACUAUUAUUGAUACACCCGUGAAAAGUGAAUCACAAACUCCACAUCCGACUGACAACACCAGAGAUGUUACUGACUCUGAGGAGCUUCGAGACACAAACAUGGAAGCAGAGUCAGUACCAUCUCAAGACCAGAGCCAUGGCACCUUGACCGACACAGAGAGAGAACAUGCUACAGAGGCAACAAUAACAAUAUCAACAGCGCCACUCUCCGGCCAAAACAGUGAUGCCUUCAAUGACACUGGAACUAUUAUUGAUACACCCGUGAAAAGUGAAUCACAAACUCCACAUCCGACUGACAACACCAGAGAUGUUAGUGACUCUGAGAAGCUUCGAGACACAAACAUGGAAGCAGAGUCAGUACCAUCUCAAGACCAGAGCCAUGGCACCUUGACCGACACAGAGAGAGAACAUGCUACAGAGGCAACAAUAACAAUAUCAACAGCGCCACUCUCCAACCAAAACAGUGAUGCCUUCAAUGACACUGGAACUAUUAUUGAUACACCCGUGAAAAGUGAAUCACCAACUCCACAUCCGACUGACAACACCAGAGAUGUUAGUGACUCUGAGAAGCUUCGAGUCACAAACAUGGAAGAUGAGUCAGUAUCCUUUCAUCAAAGCGACAGCCACGACACAUUGAAUGAUACCAAAAUAAAAAAUGCUACAGCAGCACCAAUACGAUUGUUAACAGCUCCACUUUCUGCGGACCAAAGCAGUGAAUCCUUCAAUAACGCUACAGAGGCACCAAGUGAAUUAUUAACAGCUUCACUUUCUGUGGACUCGGAGAGAGAACACAUUAUCAAUACGUCCAUGAAAAGUGACUCUUCAUAUCCACUCCAGACAAACAACAAGAUCAAUGUGACAACCAAUGAGAGACGGACAAAAACUGAGUGCAACAUCAGAACUAUUAAAUGUCCAGAGAAAGCCAUUAAAAUGCAAAGCACUUUUGGAGCCUGGAUGUCCGAAGCGUCCCGGCUGGAUGAAGGUCGAUACUGGCUGGCCGAUCAUUUUUCAGGUCGAGUUCUGGUGGAGCACAGGAACAUUUCGACACUUCUGGAUACAAGCAACAAAAUGAUAGACGUCAGGUGGUUCUUCCAGGGCUGUGGUCAUAUUGUUUACAAGCACUCAUUUUACUUUCACAACGCAGGAACAAACAGACUUAUAAAAUUUGACCUGAACACCAGGAGAAGCAACACCCUGAUCAUGGCAAACAGCAGAUAUAACAACCUUAAUUACCUUUUCCGCAACUCAAAGACGUAUUUCAAGUUUGCCAUGGAUGAAAACGGACUGUGGGUCAUUUUUGCAUCAGAUACAGAUGAUGAUACAAUGGUUGCAAAACUUAACCCUGACACAUUCUUUGUGGAGUCAGUCAUUAACACUCACUACCCUACAACUAAAGCAGGAAAUGCUUUCAUUGUAUGUGGGCUGCUAUAUUUCACAGAUGACAAGGACCAAAGAGUUACAUAUGCUUUUGAUUUAAAGAAAGAGAGCCCUCUGGAUGCAAGUUUUGAAUUAAGGCCUGCUAAUGGCAUCUUGGCUAUGCUGUCAUAUUAUCCCAACAAAAAGCUUCUGUAUAUGUGGUACAACAGCAGCGUAAAAAUCUGCAAAAUUAAACUCAAAAUGACCUGAAAAUAACCACAAACCUUGUAAAAUGAGCAAUAAAGUUAUUUUUUAAAUCCC